AUGGUAAAAUCGGAUGAGCCAGAGAAAAAUCAAAAUACCAUAAAAAAUCCUACUGGCAAUGGAAUAACAUCAAAAGGACCUGUUGUUUAUCCAGAUAAUAAUGAAAAUAAUAGUGAUAUUGUAACUAAAAUAAGGAUUGAAGUAAAAGAUGAUGAGCAACCGUCACACCAAACUGUAACUAAAAAUAAUGUUUGGGUAGCAAACAACAAUUCAAAUAGUGCUCAAGUUAGGCAAUCUUUAAAUUCCGGUAUAACAAUAACUAGCCCUGAAAUUGUACAAAUUGUCAAUAAAGAUUCACGUAGUGGAAAAAAUUUUAAAGAUUUUGUACCAUCACCAGAAUUAAAAACACCUCUAACAGAAGAAAUACUACAUCAAAAUUAUAUGAAUGAUCGUACAAAUUUAAAACUUCAAAGACUUCAAGUACAACAACAAUCAUUACCAAAAUCUCAACAUACUGAAUCAUUUCAGCCUUCUACAGUUUUAAAAAAUCCAUUCCAGUAUUCGGCUACAACUUCAAUUCCAUUAACAUUUACAACAGUUAAUACAAAUGAUCAACAACAAGAAAAACCAUAUCAAAAUCAAUAUCAAACGCAACAAUCUCGUCCUUUUCCAGCUUCGACGUUAGGAAAACCUAAUAGUCAUUAUAAAAAUGAUGAAGAUAUUGGGUCUUUGCCUACAUCCGGAAAUCAAUAUGUCCGAAAUGAAAUUACAUGGCCUACAAAAGAGAAAGAUUAUGCUAAAGGACAAUCCCAAUAUGGUCCAGAAUAUGUUGAACAGCCUCACACACAUCAGUCAUCUGAAAAUAUUCAAUAUCAAACACACGAGAAUGAUUUUAAUGAUGAAGAAUAUUAUAAUCAUCACACUAAUCAUAAACAUCCCAUUCUUCAUUCUCAUCCUAAUGGUCCUCCUCAUAAUUCUCAUCCUGUUCAACAUUUUCCUGUAAACAUAGGAUCAUCUCAACCUCCUUUUGUUAGUUUUCCACCAGAAAAUCAUUAUAGUGAUGGUCAUCAUGAUCAUCAUGGUCAACAUGAUCUACAUGAUCAUCAUGGUUAUCCAGGAUAUGAAAAUAAUGCACCAAAUGGUUUAGGACAAUAUAAACAAAAUUCAGGAGAACAUCCAUAUAAAUUUGAACCUCCAGUUUUACAAAGUGAUUCAAAAUGGCAAAGUGAACAUCAUCAUGGGCAUCAUCAUCCUCUAAAGCAUCCUUUUUUCGGACUAUUUCAUAAAGGACCACCAUCACCACCACAUGUUCCAAAGCAUUAUGAAAGUGAUAUAGUAACAUCAAAUGAAGAUGGUACAAUAGCUGUAAAGGGUCCACAUUUAAAUCAUAAUAGUGAAAUUCAUUAUGAACAUGGUGAACAAUAUGUAGAAGAUGAUAGACAUCAUCCUUAUGGUAGUGUAGAGCAUUCAAAUAGAGGAAAACAUAACAAAUAUUUAUAUUUUAAAAAAAUUGCAUCAAUAAUUGCUGGAAUCAUACCAAUUGGAUUAUUAAUAUCAGCCUUAACACCAAAUUAUGUUGUAAUAAAUCCAAAUGCAACAACAGUAAAUUCUCCAGUUGCACCGUUCACCUUAGUACGUCAAAGAUCAUUAAUAGAUGAGCAACAGCAGCACCCACAAAAAGGUGUGUUAGAAGAAAUUCCAUUAGGAUUAGAAAAUAAUAAAAAAUUAUCAGCGCCAUCUAUUGCAUCAAUUAUUAAAAAUUCAAAAUGUAUUGAACGUUCGAUAUGUGAAUUAGCAGCAGGAAAUAAAAAUCCUCAAUUAUUAAAAUCAUUAUUGGAUGAAUUACAGAGAAACUAUCGAAAUGAAAUUGAAAGUCAAAGUAGUUUUUUAACAUUGGAUCCAAGACCAUCAAUAGAUUCGCUUGAAUUAACACUGGUAUCAGCAUCACCAUUAGCAGCUGAGUUAAGAGCUUCUUCUUCCUCCUACUUACGAUCAUUCAAUAACAAUAAUAAUAAUAAAGCAAAUAAUAAACAAUCAUUUAUUUCUGAAGAUGAUCUCUUGAGAGCAUCUAAAGGUGUGAAUUGUUCAAAUUUUCUAUGUGAUGAGUUGAUUAAUAAAUAG